ACCAUUAUUUUUUUUUCAAUCUUUACCAUUGCCAUUCUGUAAUUUUUCUACCAGUGUAUUGUUUGAUGCUAUACAGAUAACAUUACUCCUUGCCUAAGCUGUGCUGAAAACCACUAUAGCUUCGCUGCUCCAAGUGAAGUAAAAAGAGGAAUAGAAAGUUCAGAAGGGGAGAAGCUAUUUUGGUCCAAGAAAAGUGAUAUCUGAAGCCAGGGAGGUUAGGGGCAAAGGGAGAACUUGAAGUUCUCCAGUGCAAGAUGCUAUGCCAUGAGCUAUGGUUUAGAAAUGACAGUGACUGAAUCAGAACAACAGGCCAACCUGUUGUGUGGCCUGUUGACGUGAUUCACACAAUAUCUUAAAUGACCAUGAGUGAUGUACAUGACAUCAUUUUUCUCUCGUCUUGCACACCUUAGUCAUUUUCAUUGAAUCUUUCAGGCUGUAUGAACCUGAAGCUGUUACCUUUAACUUCCCAUUAACUGCAAGUAAGGUUUCAACUUACAGCUUUUUUUUAAUCUAGCUAUUCCAGAUUUGUACAACGUACUUAAACUUUGAAAAGUUUAAUUAACAAGCUGAGCAAGACAAGUUUAAGUUGAUGGUGGUUUUGUUUAUGCUGAUCUGGGUUAUUACAUGUAUUGUGGGAAAUGCUGCAUAUCAACCCAGUUCCUAAUAGCCAAGUGGUGUUUAUACAGCAUGCAUGAUUCCAAAGAUUGAUUUAUUCAACAGAAUAUUUUAUAUUGACUAAAUGUGAUUAGACACACAAGGAAUUUGUUUCUGGUGCAUAAGCUGUAUGAGCAAUAAAAUAAUAAAUCAUAAAUCAUAAGAUACAAUCAUAAAUCAUAAGAUACAACCGUCAAAGUAAUAGCUAUAAGGUAACAAUAGGGGUAGGUAACAGGAAAGGUGAGAUGGAUAAUAGUAAUAUAGCCAUACUACAUGGGUAAAUAUCCUUAGGCAUAAGAUAGUGCUGGGGGAAUUAGGUAUUUAGUAGAAUGAUGGCAGGGGAUGAAAUUGACUUUGGGUCUUGUUGUUUUGGCAUGCAAUGCCCUAUAGCAUCAUCCGGAGGGGAGGAGUUGAAAAUGUUUAUGUCCAGGAUGUAGAUCUGUAGAUAACUGUAUCUUCAAUACUUGUGGAUACGUGUAAAUAUCUGUAGAUAUUUUCUCAGCCCUCUUUCUGUGUUGCUUGUGCAGUAUAGAGAUCCCCAAUGGAAGGCAGGCUGGUUGCAGGUUUUUUUCCCAUGCAGUCCUAACUAUCCAUUGAAGUCUAUACCUGUUCUGUGGUAGCAGCAGUAGAAUUUUUAAAAACCAGCUAAACUUGUAAGUUUACAAUGUAUGUUUGAUUUGAGAGAAUAUUACAGAUUUGAUUUAAUUUCUAAAGUAAUGUUGUAUGGAUCAAAUAUUUUUCUCUGGGCACUAUAUUUCAUGACAGGGAUGGCACUCCAGUGAAAAACUGAUCAGAAACAGAAAAGGAUCCUGGAGGAAUUUCAUAAGGAAGAAGAAAGGCUUUCAGAUCAUUUAAAUGUCUUCAGAAGACAAAGAAUCUCAGGAGGAUGAACUUCUUGCUUUGGCAAGUAUUUACGAUGAAGAUGAAUUCAAGAGAGCACAAGAUGUGCAAGGAGGAGAAACUCGAAUCUCCGUGGAUGUGCCUCAGAAUUUCAGAGUGUAUCUGAGCGGCAACUUCACAGAGACUCUUGAAAACAGCAAACUUGAAUAUACAGUAAGCUUUCUGCCUCCAGUAGUGCUGAACUUUGAAUUCCCAGCAGACUAUCCUUCAACUUCCCCACCUCUGUUCACUCUCACUUGCAAGUGGCUCUCUCAGGCUCAGCUCACUGCACUUUGCAGGCACUUAGAUAAUUUAUGGGAAGAAAACAGAGGUUCUGUGGUCCUGUUUGCCUGGAUGCAAUUUCUCAAAGAAGAAACACUUGCCUAUCUGAAUAUAACUUCCCCGUUUGAACCGGAGAUAACCAAGCAAGAAAAACAGCCAAAGGAAGAGGAUGGUUGCCAUGACAUCAAAAAUUCUGCAUCCACACAUAGAGAAUCCUCUGAUACAAGCACUGUAGAGGAUAUUGAGUCUUUGUCAAUCCUGAUUAAGGAAAUUUUAGACUUUGAUCAGUCUCAAAAAGAGAAGAAUUUUAACUGUAAAAUGUUCACGUGCAAUAUUUGUUUUUCGGUAAAACAGGGAAGCGAAUGUAUGGACUUUAAAGACUGCAGGCAUGUGUACUGCAAGAUUUGCUUGAAGAACUACUUUGAAAUUCAAAUCAAAGAUGGACAGGUCCAUUGCCUGAAUUGUCCAGAACCAGAAUGUUCAUCUGUUGCCAUUCCUGGGCAGGUGAAAGAGCUGGUGGAAGAGAAGCUAUUUGCACUUUACGAUCGCCUGCUGCUUCAGUCAAGUUUGGAUUUGAUGGCAGAUGUAGUGUAUUGCCCACGCCCAAGCUGCCAAACCCCGGUGAUGCAGGAUCCUUCUUGUACUAUGGGCAUCUGUUCACAAUGUAAUUACGCAUUCUGCACUUUGUGUAAAAUGACCUAUCAUGGAGUUUCUCCCUGUAAAGUCACUGCAGAGAAGCUAGCAGAUUUACGCAAUGAAUAUCUUCAAGCAGACGAAGCCACAAAACGAUUUUUGGAGCAACGCUAUGGCAAAAGAGUUAUUCAAAAGGCUUUAGAGGAGAUGGAAAGUAAAAAAUGGCUAGAAAACAAUUCCAAAUCAUGUCCUUGCUGUGCAACACCUAUUGAGAAGUUAAAUGGCUGUAACAGGAUGAGGUGCACUGCUUGCAUGCAAUAUUUCUGUUGGCUUUGUAUGGGUGUUUUAUCCAGGAUAAAUCCAUACCAGCACUUUAGUGAUCCAGGCUCACCAUGUUUUAACUUGCUGUUUCAAGCUAUGGAAAUUGAGGAUUAAUUUUGGAAUGAAGAGAAUGAUUAAUCUUUAACCAGGAUCAAAAAAGCUAAAGAAGUGAAAAUGUAUCAUGCAUGUUCAAGUUACUUUGAUUAUCGAUAGAUGAGACACAGAAAUCAGCUCAGACCGUCUAGAAAACUGCUUUUGUUUGCUACCACUAAUUUCAUGGAUGUUAUCUUUUAAUUUAAUUUUCAAAAGCACUGAACAUUUAAACAAGCACAUUAAAAUUUCACAAUGUGCUCCUUUUUCAAGUUAGCACUAUUAUGACUAAAACUGUUCCAAGAACAACAGCAGUGGAAUGUAAGCAGUUGUUUGCUGUCCUUGUCCAAGGAGCAAAGUAUAAGGUUAAAAAACCUGUGAUUUCUUCAGGUCCUACAAUUCUUAACACUUUAUCCUGUUAGCAUGGAGAAUGAUGCAACCUGAGAGUCUCUUGGAUAUGGCUUAUCCUGACAUGGAUGGAAAAUGGAUUUUAAAAAUCAAGAUUUAAUAAAGAAGACGAUGACAGUAGGUUCAAAUAAUAGGCCUGUACUUUGAGGCUUCUACAGCACCCUAUUGCAUUUGUGGGCAAAAUGCUGGUCUUCUGGCCUUAAUUAGUUUGUCUGAUAAAUAAUAGAUAUCUGCAAAUGGUUGCCUUUAGCCAUAACAGUAAUUUUGUAUCUAUCCUUCAGUUUUCACAAAAUAAACUACUGCUGGAACCUGUUGGCAGGUCAGUCCAUUGUAUGAUCAUAUCUCUGGUUGAUAAGUUGUUUGCUCCAUUCAAAUUUGCAAAUAAAUAAAUAAAUAAAUAA